AUGAGCGGUAGCAAAUGCCGACCGCCGACUACCCGAGCCGGAUCAAUAAUAAUACUCGGCCAUAUCUGCAGUGGACUGGAUCUGCUUGAGAAAGCGCCCACACCCGACCCCCCCGACCCUCCUUACACAAACAAUAUAAAUCAUUUUCUGAACAGCCAGGCCGCGGAUACGACCGCGCUGGUAUCGCUCGCCAUGAUAACGAUUACAAUAUAUCCUUAA